UACACGCCUGCCGUGUGUAGACGAGAACACAUAAUCAGAACUCUAAAACACGCUGAGUGAGCUGUCAGCUAGCUGCGACCGGCACCGUCCAUCAUAACGCUCCCGAUGGAGCUAAGCGUAUGACAGAUUCAAGACGGCACCACGAUAAGAGAUGUUCAGCAUAUCAUACCUGCACCGGCACACCCACAGUGAAAGGCGCGAGCCAGGACUGGAGCGAUGACCCAACCGCCGCCACCGGUCUUCGAGAUGCCGACCAGGAACCACUUUGCCGCCCUCUGCGAGACGGAAUGCAACGCUGUGGUCAUCGGAGACUCAAUCGUCCGGAACGUACGCGCUUCCUCCACUAAAGGUAAGGUGCGCACUCAUUGUUUUCCUGGCGCCCGUGUUCUUAAUGUCUCUGCGCAGGUACCUAAGAUCCUGAAGGACAAUGCUAACGUCGGAGCUGUCGUGCUGCACACGGGGGUGAAUGAAGUCAGGAAGAGGCAGUCGGAGAUCCUGAAGAGGGACUUCAGGAGUCUGAUCGAGACGGUAAGCAACGCAUCGCCCAUGGCGAGGAUCAUCGUAUCAGGGCCGCUUCCUACCUACCGACGAGGGAAUGAAAAGUUCAGUAGACUAUUUGCUCUAAAUAAAUGGUUGAUGUCAUGGUGUAUUGAACAGAAGCUGCUCUUUGUUGAUAAUUUUGAUCUGUUCUGGGAGAGACCUAGGCUCUUCCGCCCUGACGGCAUGCAUCCCAGCAGCAUCAGAGCGGAUCUUCUGUCUGACAACAUCUCAAAGACGCUCCCAGCAGUAAGUCAAAACUUUAACCAUAGUCUGUGUUCCUCCCACUCAUCUAUUAUAAAUGUUACUGCUUCCAAAUGCAUAGAGACUGUGUCUGUCCCCCGAAUAAUACUACAAAAUAACAAAAUAGCCAAAUCUCAGAGAAAAAAUCUAAUCGUGAUUAAACCUGAGGACAAUGUAAUAAACGACCAAAACAAACUCAUAAUGUUCGGCCUACUUAAUAUUAGAUCACUAAAUUCAAAAGCAGUUAUUGUAAAUGAAAUGAUCACAGAAAACAGUUUUGAUAUACUGUACUUUGCCUUACCGAAACCUGGCUUAAACCAAAUAAUUAUUACGGUCUAAAUGAGUGUACCCCACCAAGCUACUGUUAUAUAGCUUGUUUGUAUCAGUGCUCUUACCACUUCGCUCUAAUAUUAGUGUAUUUUAUUUUCGUUAAUUAUUAUUGUCGUUGCUAACUUAUCCUGAUAUCUCAAUAACCCUGUUCCUGUUAUUUACUUGGAAGAGUCUAAACCAAAAGUGAUAGUUAACUUAACGCCGUUAGCAUAGCAAUAGCGUGUUAGCUUGCUUUCUGUUCACACUGUGGAAUAUCAUCUUGCCUCUGGUUUG